CUAUCUAUUACGCCAAUUUUGUGUCGAUGUCAGCGAAACCGUACCUUCCAGUGUCUGAAGAUUACAAGCCAUCGCGCUCUUUUGCGCAAAAGGCCAAGGACUUUGUGCGCUUCUACCGCAAAACAACAAUCCUUCUCUUGUCCAUCAUCACGCUCUCCUUCUUCACUUUGGAUCCGCUCCGCACUCUCCAUAUCACAGAUGCUAAGGUUGUGAUCAUCCUUGCUGCCAAUGAAGGUGGUGGCGUGCUUAAGUGGAAGGGGCCGCAGGACUGGUCGAUCGAGCGUUCCUCCAUCGCCAACAAACGCGACUAUGCUCAGAGACACGGGUAUGCGCUCACUAUCAAAGACAUGACUCUCAAGAGACGCUACUCCCAUGAAUGGAGGGAGUCCUGGGAGAAGGUGGACAUCUUGAAACAGACCAUGCGUCAGUACCCAAAGGCAGAGUGGUUUUGGUGGGUCGACUUGCACACCUUCAUAAUGGAACCACAAAUUUCACUCGAACAGCACAUCUUCUCCAACUUGGAAAACAAUACCUACCGUUCGUUGAACUACUUCAACCCCUUGAAGCUCGAUGUGGACGUUCCGUAUGUUGACUACACCCAGCCUAUCGACAUGCUCAUCACCCAGGACUGCGGGGGUUUCAACUUGGGCUCCUUCAUGAUGAGACGUUCGCCUUGGACAGAGUUGUUGCUUGACGCGUGGUGGGACCCUGCCUUUUAUGAGCAGAAGCAUAUGGAAUGGGAGCACAAGGAGCAGGAUUGCUUGGAGUCGUUGUUUGACAGCCAGGCGUGGAUUAGAGAGAGGAUCGGAUUCUUGCCGUUGAGAAAGAUCAAUGCGUUCCCACCAGGUGCCUGUGCCGACAGUCCAAGUGCUGAUUUCUUCUACGAUGAGAAGGCCAGAGACUUUAUGAUUAACAUGGCUGGCUGUCAAUGGGGGAGAGACUGCUGGGGCGAGAUGGAGAACUACAAGAACUUGAGUAAGAAGUUACAUGCCGGGGUGUGGUACAAGCCAUGGCUGUAUUUCAGAUGAGGGAAGCUUUGCGAAGAGCCAUAGGACGUUAGAUGAUUCAAAAUGGCAAAACAUCAUGAAUGGGGUUCUAUUGCUCUUUUACUCCUCAAUAAUACGCCUCACCUGGACCCUUUAGCGUUCUUCUGGUGAUUGCUUGUUUUUAGCGUAUUUCUCUACCUCCAUGGCCC